AUGGCGAUUGGAGAAGAAACGGUAGGUGAUACUUCACAUCCAGCAACUACAACCUCUGGUAAUGUCAAUUCUGUCACCGGCGUAACUGCAUUUUCGUCAAUUGACUACAAUCACCCACUAUUUCUUCAACCAAUAGACACUCCAGGUAGUACUCUGAUCUCUCUUCGGCUUACUGGUUCAGAUAACUACGCACUAUGGAGUAGGUCUAUGAGGAUUGGAUUGUUAGGGAAGAGCAAGUUAGGUUUUGUAAAUGGUCGAUUUCCUAAGUCCAGGUUUGAACCUGAACUUCAUGACCAAUGGGAGACAGUGAAUGUUAUAGUUCUCUCAUGGACAAUGAAUGUAGUAAGGCGAGGUUUACUUAGUAGUGUAGUAUAUGCCUCUAAUGCUCACAAGGUAUGGGAAGACUUAAAUGAGAGGUUCAACAAGGUCAAUGGAUCUAGGGUUCUGUAUUUUCAUAGGGAGAUUCAUACUCUUACUCAAGGUACCAUGUCUGUUGUUGACUACUUUUCCAAAUGGAGAGAUCUUUGGGAUGAAUUUGAUGCGUCAAUGCUUUGUCCUGGCUGUCCUUAUCCAGAGUCAAAGAAGUAUGCUCAGCACUUUGAGUAUCAUAGGCUACUGCAGUUUCUAAUGGGAUUGAAUGAGUCAUACUUGUCGCGCCCUUUUUCUCGCGAAAUCGGGCUUCUACAUUGUGACAACUCUUUUGAAGGACGGGUGCUAAAAGAGAGAGUCGACACCUAA